CUUCUACUCGACCCAUCCUUCACCCCGAUUGGUGUCAAAAGACUUACCCUUUUCGUCUUCCCUUUCCUUUCCCCGUUCCUCCAUCCAUCUCCCAACCCGCGCUCAUCAUCGACACCCCCUCCACCAUCCACCAUCCACCACCCUCAUCACGCUUCACCGUCAUCGUCUUCGACAACGUCUCGGGCACCGUCACAACAUCGACCUGAAUUACCCGACACUCGCAGGACUCGCUCUUCGUCUAUCGCUUGAGACCACCUGCACCGACCCCGAUCAUCUCCCCAGCACUCACCGACACGAUCACAAUGGCUUCCGUCCACGCUUCGUCGUCCGGCCGUCAGAGCAGCGCUAUGCGUCGUCACCCAAUGAGCUUGAUCCCCAAGCUGUGCCACGACCCCGCGCUGUUGGACAUGAUCAAGAUGCCCGUGUCUAGGGACAUGGUCGUAUACCUUGCUUGCAAAGCCGCCCACGUCAUCCAAUGUGGAACUGCAUCAGGCCUCGACACACCACCCGCCACACCUACAAAGUCGCUGGCGGAGGCAGAGCAGGACCCAGCGGGCAGAGCAGAGGUCAACGGCUUGCCUUCGUUGGAGACAUUCAUCGCAUACCUGGUGGAAAAGAGCAACGUGCAGGCUCCCACCCUGCUCACCACGCUCGUCUACCUCGACCGUCUCAAGUCUCGACUGCCACAGGUUGCAAAGGGCAUGCACUGCACUCGUCACCGUGUCUUCCUGGCCACCCUCAUCGUGGCAGCCAAGUACCUCAACGAUUCCUCGCCCAGAAACAAGCAUUGGACCAAAUAUUGCAGUCUCUUUGCCCUUGACGAGGUCAACCUCAUGGAGAAGCAGCUUCUGUACCUGCUGGAUUACGAUCUGCGCGUCAACGAGGACGAGCUUCUUGAGCACUUUUCGCCUUUCCUCGUCGACCACGCAGAGGACCGUGCUACGCGCGGUCGCCGUCAAAUGGCUCUCCGCAGCUGCGAGGCCGGGCGAGAGUGCGAACGCUACGAGCGCGCGAGUCAGCGCCGCGUCUACUUGCGUGCAUUGCCUGCAGAGGAGGUUCCUUGCUGGAACGCGCACAAGACCGUCCGCGCGCCGUCGUCUGUCGCUCCUUCCAUGGGACGUCCACCCACCAACGCUCCACCGUCGCCAGUCUCGCCUGCGCCCAUUGCUCAACGCCGCACUGCCAGCGCCAUGAUGAGCCGCCAGCAGAGCCACGAGUCUACAGGCAGCUCUGCGUCGUCGGAGGCUGAGCUCACUGACGACAAUGGAUCGAGCAGCUCCUCGGCUGAAGACGAAUAUGACGACGACGAGGAAGACUUUGACGAGAUCCAAGGAGAAGACCAGUACAUGGAAAGCAGCGAGAUACAACACGGUGCCGGAGCUGGCUACGGCCUGGAGAGCGACGUUGUGCAGCCCACCAAAGCAGUACCUUCGAUGCACCGCUACAUUCAAAGCGCUAUUCCAGCAGGAUUGCGCAAGAGCGCCAGCGGCAUGCCAGACAUGUCGGCUCUUCAGGCUCAGCAACAGCAACAGUCUCACGCCAUUCGCACCAGUCGCAGCAGCGGCAACUUGCUCGCUCGCAUGCUCGGAGGACACCAGUCCUCUGGCUACUAGUCGAUGUCGCCUCGACACGGCUCUCGCCUUCCAGUCCGGUCUGCUCUCAUCUCCUUCAACCUGUCUUCAUACAGUCUCGUCCAAACGAUCCGAAUCGUCUUUCGAUCAGUCAUCUGCUCCUUCAAUGCCAACAUUAGCCUCCUCAUCGACAUCGCUCCGCGGUCAUUGUUUCGAACACGGUAUCAAAUGUGCAACAUCUCAUUAUCACAGUCUCGUAGCAAGUUCAAAGAUCUUCUCCGGGCCCAAGCAAGGUCUCCAUUGUACCCUCCUCAUCCCCAACACCUUUCAUCCCCACACUCGACGUCACCUAUCACAUUUAUCUGUACGUUGCCAAGAAGCAACCUCGACACACUCAUUGCUUAUCCCACACUGAGUCAAUUGCGAAGCUGCGCAAAUUGGCCCACGAUUCCGAAUGUCAAUGCAAUGCUUGCAUCCAUCCACC